CUUCCGUCCAACAUGCACGGGCAACCACAGCGCUUCCGCCCUUCCGGCGGCGGACGCGGCCGGCCUCCGCCGCAACAGCAACAACAGCAACCGACUCCGAUUCCGAUUCCGACGCCGAAUCCUCUGCUUCUAAACCCUAACUUUUACUUCCAAAACCCCGCUCCCCAACUCUUCCACCAGAACAUGGCCAUCGCCAAUCAAAUCCCUGUCUAUCCGAUGCAGAACGCUGCUUUCCCAAUCCAAAACCCUAGUUUCCCUCCGCAGCAGUUCCCCAACGUGGCGCCGCAGCCGCAGGUGCGGCCCCUUGUCCCGAACCGCAAAGAGCUCAUCGAGGGGACAGAGCGUGCGGUGGCGAAGGUUUGGCGCGACCUUGUCGCUGCCGGGGAAAGUGUCUCGGCUUGGAAAGUGUCGCAGGCUGCACUGUUGGCUCUGCGGGUGGAUUCAUGGAGUUCCCUUGGAUUUCAAAUGCAGGAGGUGCCAGCGCUGCACCGGCUUAUGGCUACCGAAGGGAAGAUAAAUGCAUUUAUCCAUUGCUUUGUUGGUGUUCGAUGGAUCACAUCGUUAUAUGAUCUGCAAAUAGCUAUCUGCAAGAAUGAAGGAGUGGAACGGUUUGAAGAGCUAGAGCUGGGUCCAUUAUUGCGACAUCCCCUCGUGCUACAUUAUUUUUCUGUGGAGCCCGAUGCAACUGCGGUGUUUAAGAUAACUAGUGAGGAGAUAAUUUCUUAUCUUUGUGACUUUUUGGAUACUUCUUUCAAAAAAGAUGUGCAGACUGGGGAAUUCCUUGAUUUUAUUGUUAAGAAGCGAUCCGUCUCGAGCGAAGAAAAUCUUGCUGUACGAAUUCAAAAUUUGGGGAUGCAUAUAUCUUGUGUGCGUGAAGCGAGGAGAUUGGAGGAUGUUACUCUAAAGAAUUGCUUGAAGUCAUUGAAACAGAGGUCCGAAAAUAAAAGAAAAAAGCGUCCUCUUUUUUCUAUAGCGAAGAAACAGCUAGAUGAGCGCUUCAGUUCUAUAUCUGAACGGGUUAAAUCGUUCUCCUCAGUGCAUGAGGAUUUUGGUGUCAAGCACUUACGGUUUCUGUCAUCAAAUUCUGAAGGCGAGGAUAGUGAUGAUUGUAAAGAUGAAGAUAAGAAAACUGAAGGCAAGUUGAGCAGCUAUUCGGAUCGGUCGUCACAGGCUACUAAAAGUGAUCGAGUCAGUAGCUGUCCUUAUCCUUCAGCAAUUGAAGAGAUGACGAGGCUUGGUUUAAAAGAUGAAACAGACACUGACCUUUCUGGUGGUGGGAGCUCAAACUGUAAUGAGAUUGUCACUCGGAAAAAGAAAAGGAAGUCUAAAGAUGCUUUGUGUAGCAUCUCCAUGCCCAAGAAAUUGUUAAGAAGAGACAAGAUAGACAAGGAUGCCCUCUCAGGGGACAAUGGUAGUGGUGAAAGGGAUGAUGACAGCUUGAAUGAAAAUGAUCUAUCUCUUGCUUAUAGUUCAAUGAGAAUGUUCAUCACAACAUGGAAGGAGACUUGUCGGGAGCAAAAUGUGGCACAAGUUCUAAAGGGGAUGCUUCAGUCAUAUAAUAUUACAGCUCAACAAAGAAGGAGGAUAAUAUCUAUGUUUUCAACACAUCCUUGUCUUGGAUUGCUUAAUAUCGCUGUGACUUCUAUCAAAUGUGGAAUGUGGGACAAUAUAUACGAUACUCUUCAAGCCAUUGAUGAAAACGAAAGAGAUGAGACGGGCUCUGAUGAGGGCGCAAAGUAUGAAAUAAUAGAUGUGGUGCCCAGUGAAAAGAAUUUAGCAGUCACCAGCACACUCAUUACUGAGGCCCCACACAGUGUUACUGUUGAGGAUGUGAUCAGCAAAGUGGCUUCUUUUCUUGAGCUUGAUAAUGAACUCCAUUAUAAGCGAAAAUUACCUUCUGAUGAGAAUUGUAACAUUUUUAACAAGCUUCGUGAUUGUGAGUCUUGGGUGGCAGAGCAAUCCUCUGUGGGGGAAUUUAAGUCCCUUGGUCAUGGGGACUUCUUAACAUUUUUAGGAAAGAACUACUCAGAACUGCCUAGAGAAGUUCAAAAUCUUUUGGCUGGUGAAAUAUGUGAAAAGAAGGCCCCCUUUUAUAUCUGCAUGCUCCAGCAGCAACUUGUUGCAUUAGUCUCUCAAGCAGCAGAUGAUGUAUGGGGGGAUGAAACUAUUACCGAGCAAAGGAUUUUCAUGCUUCUAAGACAGCAAUUCCCACUACUGAAUUUUAAAAUUGUUGGUGAUAGUUUUCUUAAGGAUUUCUUAGAUAUGGUGAGAGAAUAUAGGAGCUGUGUGACAUCAAGAUGUGUGCUAUAUUCAGCAUCGUUGUUGGCAUCAUCUCUGAAUGAUGGUAUGGAAUCAUUGGAAGUCCAAACUGUUGGAUUUGAUGUUGAUCCUAAAAUGGAAAGACCUCUACAUGCACCUCGCAAGGAUGCAAUUGAAGUCUUGCUCAAAGCACCAAAUUUUUCGGACUUAUUGUCAUGGUCAGAUUGGGAACGGAAAUUUGCGCCUGCACAUGGUCCUUUGGUUGAUUUUCUGUUGAAUGAAGUCAAUUCAAAGGAGCUGUUGUGUUUGGUGACAAAUGAUGGGAAAGUGAUACGGAUUGACCAUUCAGCGACCAUUGAUUCUUUCUUGGAAGCCGCACUAAGGGGAUCCUCUUUCCUGACUGCAGUGAAGCUAUUAUCAUUCUUCUCAUUAGUCGGAGGAGAAAAACAUGUUCCUUUGUCUCUUUUAAAAUCCCAUGCAUGUCGAGCAUUUGCAGUUAUGAUUGAAAAUUCUCCGGACAGUGUUGAUACUGAUGUUUGUAGGAACUCUCGCAUGCAUGGCCUUCGCGAUAAAUUUUUGGAUGGAACUUCUGCCAACGAAGCAGUGCCUCUUGCAUUGAGAUUUUUUCUAGAUUGUCUCGAUUAUGUACCAUCAGAAUUUUGUGCUUUUGUUGCUGAUGUGUUGCUCACUGGACUACGGUCUGUUGUCAUGGAUGCCCCUCUGGCCAUUUUGAAGGAAUGCAACAAAUUACAGCAAUGCCUCCUACUCCGUAGGAUAGGGUUUUCUCUUGGUAUAGUUGAAUGGAUGGAUGAUAACAUUAUAUUUGCGUCCACUGCUGGUACCAGCUCUCCUUCAAGUGGUCCUCCACGCAUUAAAACUAUGGGGUCAGAGAUGAUCACAAGCUUAAGAUCUGUGGAAGGUUCUUUAGAUGAGCUUUCCUCUUCCAGGGCUGAUAUUGCUGUCUCUAUUGAAAAUGAAGGAAAUGCGUCUUCCAGAGCUAGGUGCACAACUGAUAAUGUGGGUGAUGGUGACGUACACCCUUCCACCGAACAUAUUGGAGAUGCUGAUGCUGCAUGUGUGAUCGAGUCAAUCAGGUGUGGUGAAUUUGGACUGGAUCCAACUCUCUCAAUUACAGAGAGUACCAUGUUGAAGAAACAGCAUGCUCGCCUUGGGAGAGCACUUCAUUGUCUUUCACAAGAAUUGUAUUCUCAAGAUUCACAUUUUCUCCUUGAGCUGGUUCAAAACGCUGAUGAUAAUCUUUAUCUGGAAAAUGUGGAACCAACUUUAACAUUCAUUCUUCAAGAUUCAGGUAUCGUUAUUCUAAAUAACGAGCAAGGUUUUUCGGCUGAAAACAUCAGAGCUCUGUGUGAUGUUGGAAAUUCAACAAAAAAAGGAUCUCGUGCUGGAUACAUUGGGCACAAAGGGAUAGGCUUCAAAUCGGUAUUUCGGGUAACAGAUGCUCCAGAGAUACAUUCUAAUGGAUUUCAUUUGAAGUUUGACAUAACUGAAGGUCAAAUUGGUUUUGUCCUGCCAACUCUUAUCCCUGCUUGCAAUGUCGAUUUAUUCUCUAGGCUGGUUUCUAGUGAUUCUGAUAAAAUGAAUGGUAGCUGCUGGAACACUUGUAUUGUACUUCCUUUCAGAUCAAAACAGUCAGAAGGAAGUGCCAUGAAAAGCAUUUUAACUAUGUUUUCAGAUCUUCACCCCUCAUUGUUACUCUUUCUUCAUCGUCUCCAGUGUAUUAAGUUUAGAAACAUGCUGAAUGAUUCACUGAUUAUCAUGAGAAAAGAGGUUCUAGGGGAUAAUAUUGUCAAGGUUUCUCAUGGGAAAGACAAGAUGACAUGGUUGGUAGUUUCUCGAAAGUUGCAGUCGGAUUUCAUUCGGCGUGAUGUGCAAAUUACGGAGAUUGCAAUGGCAUUUACACUGCAGGAAGGAGAUUGCGAUUAUUACAUCCCCUUUUUGGAGCAACAGCCGGUAUUUGCAUUUCUUCCUCUAAGAACUUACGGUUUAAAAUUUAUUCUCCAAGGUGACUUUGUACUUCCCUCAUCAAGAGAGGAAGUGGAUGGAGAUAGUCCCUGGAACCAAUGGUUACUGACCGAGUGUCCUGAGUUGUUUGCAAGUGCGGAGGAAUCUUUUUGUGCCCUUCCUUGUUUUAGGGAGAAUCCAGGUAAGGCUGUAUCAGCGUAUAUGAGCUUUGUUCCACUACUUGGUGAAGUACAUGGCUUUUUUGCUAGUCUUCCAAGGAUGAUAAUUUCCAGGCUCCGCAUGUCAAACUGCUUGCUCCUGGAAGGAGAUUGCAGCAAGUGGGUUCCUCCAUGCAAGGUUUUGAGAGGUUGGGAUGAACAGGCUCGGACUCUUCUAACGGAUGGUUUGCUACAAGAGCACCUUGGCCUUGGGUACUUGAACAAGGACAUAGUUCUGUCUGAUCAGCUAGCAAGGGCAUUAGGUAUUGAGGAAUAUGGUCCCAAAACUUUACAGCAGCUCUUAUCUUCUUUGUGCAACAAGGAAAAUGGUCUCGAGUCACUUGGUCUGUCCUGGUUAUGUCGCUUGCUAAAUGUUCUUUACACUAUGUCAUUUCAGUCUUCUGGUCAUGUUGCUGAUGUCUCUAGGAUGGAGAAAGAUCUCAUAAAGAACCUUCAGAAAAUAGCAUUUAUUCCACUUUCUGAUGGUACUUACAGCUCACUAGACAGAGGUACUAUUUGGUUACAUACCGAUGGCAUGAGUAGUGGAUCUGAUGGUGAGUAUGGGUUUAGAGCAUUUCCCAGUAUGUAUAGGAAACUCCGCAUUGUAAGCCCUGCCCUUUUCUCGGUAACAGAUGAUUUCUCAUGUUUGGAUCUGGAUUAUGUGGAUAAUGUCACAAAGAUGCUUCACAAAAUUGGUGUUCAGCGGCUAUCAGCGCAUGAAAUUGUUAAAAUACACAUCUUACCUUCUCUAUUCAUUGAUAGGAAUAGCAUGGACAAGAACUUAAUGAUAGAAUAUGUUUGCUUUGUGAUGAUCCACCUGCAAUCUGGCUGCCCAACUUGUCGGGUUGACAAGGAUUCAAUCAUAUCAGAGUUGCGAGAUAAAGCUUUAAUUUUGACAAAUUAUGGCUUCAAACGCAUUGUUGAUGUGCCAAUUCAUUUCAGUGAAGAUUAUGGAAAUCCUAUAAACAUACAUCAGCUGAUUAAUGUUACAGACAUUAGAUGGCAUGUGGUUGACUCAUCCUAUUUGAAACAUCCAGUAACUGAGUCAUUCUCUUGCGGAAAGAUGAAGUGGAGGGAAUUUUUUCAGGAAAUGGGUAUCACUGAUUUUCUGCAAGUAGUUCAAGUUCAGAGGAGUAUUACUGAUAUAUCUCCCGAAGCCUCUAAGAGAAUGCUUUUGGAUAUGGACCUUAUCACCCCCGGGUUGGUUGUGAAAGAUUGGGAAUCAAAAGAGUUAGUUCAAAUGAUAUCCCAUUUGUCUAAAACAGGCAAUAAGGAGACUUGCAAAUAUCUGUUGGAGGUUCUUGAUACUUAUUGGGAACAUCUUUUUUGUGAUAAAGCAAAAGGUUAUUGCCUUACAUCUAAUGGGGAUCCCAAACCCUUCAAGUCAUCGUUUAUGAACAGUAUCUGUGAUCUCCAGUGGGUAGUAUCAAGCAUGGAUGAUGAUCUCCACUGCCCUAAGGAUUUAUUCUAUGAUUGUGAGGUGGUGCGCUUAAUUUUGGGUGCUUCUGCUCCCUACGCUGUCCCAAAGGUGAGAAGUGAAAAGUUGCUAAGUGAUAUUGGGUUCAAGGCUGAAGUUAACCUUGAUGAUGUUUUGGCAAUGUUACAAGUUUGGAGAAGUUCUGGCAACCUUUUCAUGGCCAGCACAGCACAAAUGGCAAGGUUAUAUUCAUUUGUUUGGAGUGAAUUGGCUUCUUCUCAAAUAAGAAUGAGUGAAGAGAUUAGAACGAGUCAGUUUAUCUUUGUUCCAAGUGCAUCUGGCUCUCAGCAGGAGGAGCUGGUUUCUGGCAUGUUUUGUUCCCCAAAAGAAGUGUAUUGGCAUGAUUCCACUGGUUCGGUGAAACAAAUAAAUCAAGUAUAUUCUCAGUGCAGAUUGGUGGGUGUAACUGACGACCUCCCUUGCAAGACAUUGGACAAUAUCUACCCGGGUCUUUAUGAUUUCUUUGUCAGGGAAUGCGGUGUUCUUGAGGGCCCUUCUUUUGAUGUUUAUCUGAAAAUGUUAGUGGAGUUGUCCGCUACGGCCUUACCUUCACAAGUAGCUAAUAUAGUAUUUCAAUUGUUUUUGAAGUGGAAUGAUGGAUUAGUCUCGGGAUCCGUAACUGCAGAGGAUAUCAGCUAUUUCAAAGAAUGUUUGACAAAACCCGAGUACACCGUGCUCCCCACAGUGCUAGAUAAGUGGGUAUCGCUGCAUCCUUCCUUUGGUAUUGUGUGCUGGUCUGACGAUGAUAGUUUGAGAAAGGAACUUAAGCAUGUGGAAGGCAUUGAUUUUCUGUACUUUGGGGAACCCAGCAACAAUCAAGAGAUGCUUCCUGCAAAUGUUUCUAAGCUCCUGAGGACAUUGGGGAUUCCUGCACUUUCUGAGGUUGUAACUCGUGAAGCAAUAUAUUAUGGGUCGGCAGAUAGUACUUUAAAAGCCCAGUUGAUUGACUGGGCACUUCCCUAUGCCCAACGGUACAUCUACAGUGUGCAUCCUCAGAGAUAUUUACAGCUUAAGCAGUCUGGUUUUGACAGUCUCAAACAGUUGCAAGUAGUUGUAGUUGAAAAAUUAUUCUCCAGAAAUGUGAUCAAAAGUUGUGGCAGUUCAUCCAAGAAGAGAUACAACUGCAAUUGUUUAGUGGAGGGGAAUGUUCUUUAUGUUUCCCAAGAAUCAGAUUCUCAUGCUUUAUUUUUGGAGGUCUCUCGAUUAUGGUUUGAUGGACAUCCAGAAUUACACAUAGCAAAUUUCCUUCACAUGAUUACAACUAUGGCAGAAUCGGGUUCCACUGAGGAGCAGACAGAGACUUUCAUACUGAAUAGCCAGAAGGUUGCAAAGAUACCUGAUGAAGAAACCAUUUGGUCCCUAGCAUCUCUGCCUUCAAGAGACGUUGAAAAGCCCCUCCCGAUAAGUUCUACUUCAGGAGGAACUAGUGAACAAAUUGUUUUUAAGUCCAGGAGGAAGUCAGGUACUGUCCCAAAUUGGCCACCGGUGGACUGGAAAACUGCUCCAGAUUUUCGUUAUGCUUGUGAGAAUGGUUUUAGGACACAAGCGGUAGAUAGCACCUCACUUGACAAAAUUGAGGGUGAUUCAGAAAUUGCGGUUGCAGUGAUGGAAAAUGUGGUUCUGACGGAGAUUGAUGCCAAUUGGAAGAUUGGAGGAAAUGCAGCUGCAGCAUCUGGGCUUCUGGCGAACAUUCAAAAUUCUGAAGAACAUUUGGCCCAAUUUUGUGACACUGUUAUGGAUACAGAAUUGAAUUCUGUUAAUGCAAAUGCUAUGGCCGAUGUGCCUGCUAAGAGUUCACCCAAUUUUAGCCGGAGAGAGAGGCUUAAUACAGGCAACCCUGAUGGAGCCCAAGCAAUGUUGACUGGGAGGCUUGGGGAGCUUGUUGCUUUCAGAUAUUUUACAGGGAAAGCUGGUAAGGCAACAGCUAACUGGGUUAAUGAAUUUAGUGAAACCGGGCUCCCAUACGACAUCCUUAUUGGGGAGAAUGAAGCUGAUAGAGAGUACAUUGAAGUUAAAGCAACCACAUCUAAAAGGAAGGACUGGUUCAACAUAUCCACCAGAGAGUGGCAGUUCGCGGUUGAACGGGGUGAAUCUUUCAGCAUAGCGCAUGUGGUUCUUGUAGACAAUAACACUGCGAGGGUGUCAAUCUUUAAGAACCCCAUAAAACUUUGCCAGCAAGGCAAGCUGCAAUUGGUGGUCAUGAUGCCAAGGGAGGAGACGGAUCUUUCUGGUGCGUCCUAAUAGGAGGAGCUACAUACUUCUGUAGGCUGUGCGGUAUUCAUUGAUUUCCCCAGAAAUCUGUAAUGUCGUGGAUAUUCAUUGAAACUGCUGCUUGGUGGCCAUAGUGAAUGUAACUUCCUUCAGAUUUCACGGGUUUGAGGAUGUGCCCGUCCUUGAUGCAAGAGUGCUGUACAGAUAUUAGGCACGACGCAGCAAUUACCAUAGGGAACAUUACCGUACAUCUUCAUGUAAACUGACAAGUAGGAAAAUGAUGGUUUGCCAUGCCCAAGCCAGAGAUGCCUCCGAGAUGGUCUCACUUGACUAUGGUCCCAGUGGAGAGAAGUCCAAGAAGAGAUUCUCUUUUUGUUAUCACCAACCUCUGUCACUCCCUUGCAUUUUUUAUCAGAGGUAAGUUUCUGUCACUCUAGAAUUCUCGGUGGGCAUGGCCUUCAUAGCAAAGCGAGGGAGGGAUGGUUUUCGUAUCUAACUCAGUUCAGAUAUAGCUCAGAAUCCCCAUAGGAACACGGUUUAUUUGUGAUCUCUUACUAGUAUUCUUUCAGCGUCCUUGACAUCAUAAACGCCAUUUCCGUUAAAACGAUAGUUUGUAUAUAAACCCCAUAACUUAGAUGAUUUGGUUACCAGACAUUCAGAUAUUCCC